AGCGCUGUCCGCGGUGCUGACCGCCGAUGCGCUGAUUGCUGUUUCCACCAGCUGGGAUCUCUGGAGCGAGCACCCAGCCUCCCCUGCCGGCUUCCCACCUUUCUUUUCUCCAGGCACUGCACGCAUAAAUCACGGGUGGGAAGCAGGCUUGGUUCCCCCUGCUCUGGGAAGCUGCUGCCCCCUCCCUCACUCACACAGCGUUUUGCAGUACUGGUGGCUGCCACCGCCGAAUCAGGCGCUGGGGAAGCGAUUGAUUCGUCUACUGCCAGCAGCCCGGAGUUGCCUACGCGGACAGGAGAGGGAGCGAGAAGAGAGGAGAUAGGGAGACAAGGGGGGAGAGGAGGGGAGAGAGAGAGAGAGAGAGAGAGAGGCAGGCAGAGGCUUACAGACCAUAAGCCUUCGUCCAUGAGGACAGACUACAAGAUCCACCGUCAGCCUUGUCCACCGACUCUCUGACCGGACUCUUCCAGCAGUGGCACCUCUGCUGAGCUUUCGGACCAAGUCAUCAGGACUUAGCGUCUUCCCUCCCAGCAGCUGAGGCAGGAGUGGGCGCGAAUUUGGCUCACCCAUUCCCCCUGCAGUCCUCCAGUGUUGCGCUUCCUGUGAAUGUACACUCUGGGUGCUGGCUGUCGCUCCCCGUCUUCGUGGAGGAACAACACAGGACCCUGCGCUGUUCUUUUGUCUGCUCGGCCCUCCCCGGGUUUGCUGCUGGUUCUUCCCGGGUUGGCUACUAUCCCUUCCACCUCCGUGGAAGGGCGGUUCCCCCUGCCACUUUCCCCACUUCCGCGGGGGAGCGGCACACCGCCGGCCGGCUCUCUCGGGGGCUGCACAGGGACACAGGACUCAGCCGCCAUGACCGACACCGUGGUCAGCAACAGCUCCAGCCGUUGGAUGUGCCCCAGUGACCGGCCCCUUCCAACCAAUGAUAAAGAACAGCUCCAGGCAGGCUGGUCCGUCCACCCCAGCGGUCAGCAUGACAGGCAGAGGAAGCAGGAAGAGCUGACGGACGAGGAGAAGGAAAUCAUCAACAGGGUGAUCGCACGUGCCGAGAAAAUGGAGGAGAUGGAGCAGGAGCGGAUCGGGCGCCUGGUGGACCGCCUGGAGAACAUGAAGAAGAGCGUGGCUGGGGAUGGGGUGAACCGCUGCAUUCUGUGUGGGGAGCAGCUGGGCGUGCUGGGCUCGGCCUGUGUCGUGUGUGAGGACUGUAAGAAGAAUGUCUGCACCAAAUGUGGGGUAGAGACCUCCAACAACCGCCCGCAUCCUGUGUGGCUCUGUAAAAUCUGCAUCGAGCAGAGAGAGGUAUGGAAGCGUUCUGGAGCGUGGUUCUUCAAAGGCUUCCCCAAACAGGUCCUCCCACAGCCUAUGCCUAUAAAGAAGACCAAACCCCAGCAGCCUGCCAGUGACCCUGCCGCGCCUGAGCAGCCCACCCCCGAGCCCAAGUCCUCGGCACGUGCUCCAGCUCGAGGCCCUGACCCGGCCUCUGCUCCUGGGCGAGGAAGCUACGGGCCUCCUGCUCGCAGGGCCUCAGAGGCGCGGAUGAGCCCGUGUGGCCGGGAAGCAGAGAGCUCGGGGGCUGCCGGGGAUGCCAGCCGGAGCCCAGCAGGUUUGAGACGAGCCAACUCCGUGCAGGCCUCCAGACCCUCCCCGGCCUCCCUGCAGAGCCCAGCGCCUCCUCAGCUUGGGCAGCCAGAGGUGGCGCCGCCGAGUGACCCUGGCUCUACAGGGGCCCCUGCCCCACCCCGGGAGGAGAGAAUGGGAGGAGCUGGGGGCUUCUCGGCAGUCGCAACCAGGGAGGACCGGGCAGCCCACCCACCCGGCCCCUUUUCCCAAGCCUCUGCUGCUGCCCCCCAGCCUGCCGCGGCCCCUCCCCGCCAGCCGCCACCCCCGGAGGAGGACGAAGAGGAAGCCAACAGUUACGAUUCGGAUGAAGCAACCACCCUGGGGGCCCUGGAGUUCAGCUUGCUGUACGACCAGGAUAACAGUUCUCUGCACUGCACCAUCAUCAAGGCCAAGGGGCUGAAGCCCAUGGAUUCCAACGGCUUGGCUGAUCCCUACGUGAAGCUGCAUCUCCUGCCAGGAGCCAGCAAGUCUAACAAGCUGCGGACAAAAACACUGCGUAACACGCGGAACCCUGUGUGGAACGAGACGCUGGUCUACCAUGGCAUCACCGAGGAGGACGUGCAGAGGAAGACCCUCAGGAUCUCCGUCUGUGACGAGGACAAAUUUGGCCAUAAUGAGUUCAUCGGUGAGACGAGAUUUUCCCUCAAGAAGCUGAAGCCCAACCAGAGGAAGAAUUUCAACAUCUGCCUGGAGCGGGUGAUCCCCAUGAAACGUGCCGGGACCACCGGGUCGGCCCGCGGCAUGGCCCUGUACGAGGAGGAGGUGGAGCGUGUUGGGGACAUUGAGGAGCGUGGCAAGAUCCUGGUGUCCCUCAUGUACAGCACUCAGCAGGGAGGCCUCAUCGUGGGCAUCAUACGCUGUGUGCACCUGGCAGCCAUGGACGCCAACGGCUACUCAGACCCGUUCGUCAAGCUCUGGCUGAAACCUGACAUGGGGAAGAAGGCCAAACACAAGACUCAAAUUAAAAAGAAAACUUUGAAUCCUGAAUUCAAUGAGGAGUUUUUCUACGACAUCAAACACAGUGACCUGGCAAAGAAGUCCCUGGACAUCUCGGUCUGGGACUAUGACAUCGGCAAAUCCAACGACUAUAUCGGGGGCUGCCAGCUGGGGAUCUCGGCCAAGGGCGAGCGCCUGAGGCACUGGUACGAGUGUCUGAAGAACAAGGACAAGAAGAUCGAGCGCUGGCACCAGCUACAGAACGAGAACCACGUGUCCAGCGACUAGGACGGGUGGGGGGGACCUGCCUCCCAGUCACCCCGGCCACCCGCACUCCAGCCCCUUCUCUGAGCCCCGCCCCGCCCCAGCCCCGAGUCCUGGCCGUCCUGCUGAGCCUGCCUUCCAGGACGCAUCUCGCCCCGGGCACCCUGCCUCCCCACCCAAUGCUGGGACGCAGGCUCCGACCCCAGGAUGGAGCGGCGGGGCUUGGGGGGGUGUCUGUAAUGGGGUUGUUGGUCUGAGAGCCUGUCCCGUAGAGGACAAAGCCCCCUCGUCACUCGGGACUGUUUUGAGACCGUCCUGGCUGUGACCGUGCCCACGCCAGCCUUCAUCCCUGUGUCCUGUCUGCACGUGGCCUGUGCCCAGCAGAGGGGGCGAUGCCGUGAAGACAGGCUUGGGGCAGGCGUGGAGCCCCCACAAAAGCACACCCCGGACAGGACAGGAGCGAGCUCACAUCCACAGAGGGGCCCGAAGCCCCCUCAGGAUGUAGCCUACCUGCUUCCCCUCUCUCUCACCUCCUCCCAUCAUGUUCUGUCACCUCCCUCUGCGCUCCCUCAGCUCCUUGUCACCCUGAGCCUCCCCUCUCCCAUCACUCAGCUGUUCUCUGCACCCCCUGCCUCGCUCCCUGUCCCCAUCUCAGCAUCGCCCAGGGGGUUGCAACGGCCUCAGCCCCCGCCUCCCCCCCACCCCCCGCCCGGCCGCAGACUCUGCCAAAGCAGCCAGAACCUCAGGGGCCCAGGCUUCCUAAAUCCCCCCCCAUGCACCCGGUCAGAUGUCCCAGGGCCCCGGGCCAGCUGCCAGGCAGUGGCCCCGUGGAGACGCCUGCAGAGGGGCUUCCUCCGCCUCCAGUGCAGGUGCAGGGCUGAGGGGCCUCCCGCGAAGCUCCAAGCCUUCUUCCUUUACUGCGCCGAGUUCCAUGACCAAACGACCCUGCCCAGGGCGCUCUGCUCAGCCCACCCUGGCGUCCUCUCACUGGAACCGCCCUGAGACCCUGUCUCCCACGGUCUCUCUCUGUCUCUUGCACCCGCUUGACCCAGUUUUCCCAGGGAGAAGCAAAUCACAUCGCGAACAUAAAACUGGAGCACGGCUGGCCCUGGCGCCCGAGGCUGCUGGUGGUGCCAUGUGUCAUGGUGAACCAGAGGCUGGGGUCAGGCAGGCUUCCGUGCCCCGCGGAGAAGGGUCUCACCCCAGGAAUGCUUCCCCAUCUACACAUACCUUACCCCGUGAUUUCCCGUCAUCCUCCACAGAAGGCAACAGACCAGCAGACAAGUUCUGACCCCCCACCCACUUGCACACUCACCUUCCCCUUGCAAGCCCUCCACCCCAGCACCCAGCCCCAGGGCCCUGGAGGUCUUGUUUCUCCCCUCAAAGAACCAUUUUCCAAACACCCAGCUAGUUACCUUCCCUGGAUAGCUGGGGACGGCCAGGCUGCUGUCUUCCUUUUUUGUUCGUUUUGUGUUUUUAGAUUGAUCUAAUUAUUAAAAAGGCAGAGUGACAGAGAAAGAGAGCCCUUCCCUCUACUGGCCACUCCACAAAUGGCCACAAUGGCCAGGGCUGGGUCAGGCCAAAGCCAGGAGCCAGGAACUCCAUCGGGGUCUCCCACGUGGACAGCAGGGGCCCAAGCACUUGGGCCAUCCUCCUCUGCCUUCCCAGGCACAUGAGCAGAGAACUGGAUUGGAAGUGGAGCAGCUGGGACUCGAACCCGCACUGCAAUAUGGGAUGCCAGCGUAGCAAGCAGCAGCUUAACCUGCUGCACCCCAACACCCACCCCCCAUCUUUCUUGACCUUGUCUUUCUGCCUCCAUGUCCUGUGGCACCUGCUCUCGGCCCCCUCCUUCCACGGUUGGCCCUUAGGGGACAGCAUGCUGGCUGUGCCACGCAAGCCUGACACUGGCAUUGGCGCUGGAAUCGGCAUGCGGCAAGCUCCCGGUGCCCUGAGCCUGGGCACAUGCUUUCCUCGACACAUGUAACGGCCUCCCACGUAGGAUACACACACACCCUCUCCGGUGCAUGCCGACCGCCUUUCUGUGUGAUGAUGUAGCCAAAAAUAAAGUAGGAAUAUCCAAGACAA